AUGUUUUUAUUGCAGACGACACGAUCACCAAGUCUCAAUCUUUACGAAAUAUCACCACGACCAUUUGGUGUAACGACAUCACCCCUACAAAAUCGCGGACAUUUUGGAAGUUUUGGUCAGACAGCAACACGCCAAAACAGCUUUGGAUUUAAUCCAAAUUAUAAUUUUCAAUCAACAGCACAACGACAGAACCCUUACUUAGAUACGAGUGGCUUUAGCGAGGUUCCACUUUUGGAUGACUAUGAAGAAGGGGAGAGACAACAGCAAAGUUUCGUGCCAACAACGUCGCGUGGACGGGGAUCGGCUGAGAGAGUUGGUGAACCUUCUCGUAGUAACUUUAAUGUUCCCCAUCAGCAACAUAAAACCAACAGGGAGAGGUUAAUAGACAAACUGAAAGUGCGACCAAUAACAACCACCCCAGAGCCAGUCACGACAACACAGCGUGCAGUCAGAGAACAACAACAGCCGAGCAAGAAGUCUCGUUAUUCGCCAAUCACAAGAAGCACGACGUCAAAACGACCUCAGCCCGUAGUGUCCGAUUCAGAUGGCCAGCACAAUGAUCAGAAAUUUUCAUUCACGAAAAGUAACAAAGUAAAAUCUUUGAGUCGUGAUUUAAUUGAACGGCCAAUAAAUCAAUAUCGCGUCAAUAUUACACACAGUGGUGAAGAUGAAAAGAAGUCUAACCAGUUAUCGGUGAAGUCCUUGGAUGCUAUACGGCGGGAACAAUCUCAGGAAGUUGAUGAUGGCGAAGAAUAUGAAGAAUAUGAAGAUGAAGAUUACGGCGUGAUAUUGACAGAAGAAGAUCGAAUUUUGAAAGAGAGUCCGACAACAACCGUUCAGACAACCACGACACCGUUGCCAGAAACAACCACGACAACUACGACAAAGCCUGAAGACAACACUGUCAUCAUUUUUGAGAACUUCAUUCUGCCAAAUCAAAAUGAAAAGGAUGAGAAUGCUGAUGAUGAUAAUGAUGAUGAUGAUGAAGAUAUCGAAUACGAAUAUAUCGACGAAGAAGAUUACGACUCAACUGAAAAGCCAGUGACAACGACAAGAGCUCCAACAAUUGAGCCGAGAACGACAACGAUAACACCAGAGUACAUUGAAGUCACAACUUACAGAGAUAAGAACAGGAUCUUCAAACAAUCUGUUGUUUCACUUGUGACGUCGAAAACAACAAUCAACACAUCAAUGCCGGUGCCAAAGAAUGACGACAUUUAUGAUGAAGUUAUUUCAACAACAACUGAAGAAGAGAAUUAUCCGUCAUCGACUAAACCUACACCAAAAAAGACUACAACUGAAGAUUAUUUCGUCAUUGCUUCUGUUCAAACAAGUCGAAGUGUUUCGGGUGCACAUUUCUUGCCAUUCGAACAUGUCGAACAAGAAGAAAGAAAGAAAUCACGUAAUGAGUUGAGUAAGAAGUUAACAAAAGAACAUGAUGAUGUAACUGAAGCUCAGGAAUCUCACACAACAGAAACUUCGGAUGUUGAGAAUGAUUCUGAAGAAGAGAACGAUGACGACGAUAAUGAUGAUUCACGUGAAAUCACAACCAGCAUUUCAGUUUAUGACGAAUCAGAAGAAUCAACAACGACACAAAGGAAUGCACCGGUUCCGUCAACUGAAAGUAUUAUUGAUAAACUUGAUCGCGUACAAUCGGAUCUUUCACUUGGUGUUUUAAGUGGCGAGUUUCCAGUUUUGAAAGAUCGCUCAUCAAAGAAAUCGAAAGUGACAUCAACGAAGACAUCAAAACCAUUGACAGAAGCAUCAUUAAUCGAAGUUGAACAUGAAUCAGAAACAGUCAUUCCAACAACUGUUAAGCCACUUGUUUUAAUAAGAAAGUUCAGACCAAAAUCAACAACUUCCACAACACAAAAAUCAACGACGCAACAUAAAAUUUUCGUCAAAUCAACAGCGACAACAACAACUGAAGAACCAAUCACAACAACAACGCAAAGCAAUUCAAAUGAUAAACAAAGAGAGAAUAAAAAGAUCGCUUUCGAUAAUAUUGAGCAAGAUGAUUUAGCUGGUUUAUUGCCUCCUGGUUACAAGCCGAGAGUUUCAUUUAAAAACAAGAAAGUCUUUUCGACAACGACUCAACAACCGGUCGUCAAAGACGACGAAAGUACAGGAAAAUCGAGAAAUUCAACCAUUAGUCGAUCAUUCAAGCCACAGUCAAACUCACAACUUUUGUCGCCAGGUUACAAGUCAUUUAAAAACAAAGACAAGUUGAGUGGAUCGAAGGCGGUAGAAGAAAAUGAGACACAAAAUGUACUUAAGAAAGGCGUUAAUAAAGAUUCUGAUGGAGAAAUUGAUAGCAAGUUUUUGCCACCAGACUUCAAACCUGUUAAUGACAGUGACAAGCUUGCUGUAAUUCCAUUGGAGCGCGACGAAUUGAGUAAAUUCCUACCACCAGGUUUUAAGCUUGAAAAGGAACCAGAAAAGCCGAAGAUUAAAGUUGUUGAUGAUGACCUCAGUAAGUUCUUGCCACCAGGUUUCAAACCACAAGAAGAAGAGAAUAAAACUGAAGAUGUUCUCUCGAGCAUAUUAGGAAAGAUCAAAUUCCAAGAUGCUUCUGAUUUGUUGCCAAAAGAUUUCAAGCAAGCUGAGACUCCAGUUUAUCAGCCAUCGACAACUGAAGCUACAACGACAAAAUCAUCAGGAAAAGUUGUUUUCCCCAGUAGAUUGGGAAAGAGACCUGGAGCUGGAAGAGUGACAACACCCAAACCAAUUCAUGCUGAAGGUCCGAAAGCUCCUGAACUUGAAAUCAGACGAGGCCCACCUACAAGGGCUACGACUGAGUUCACUGGUUGGCCUUCAAAAGCAACGACACCGAUUUCAAUUGAAAAACUUUUGGAGUUACAGAAAAAUGCCAUGGAAGUCAACAUUUCUGAUUUCCUGCCGAAAUCAACGACAGUUGAAGAAACAACAACUACGACAACAACCACGACGACCACACCUCGUCCAACCCAACCAACAGUCUGUAGAUCUGAUUGCAGCUUAGCAGCAACGAUAAGAAUCAUUGACGGCGUUGAAUGGUCGCCAGAACUUUUGACACAUCACACGGAAGAAUAUAAAAAUCUUGCUGCUGAACUUGAGAUUGAGUUGAACGAAGUUUAUCGAAAUGCUCCGAGUCUUAAGCAAUGGUUUAAGAAGGUUCGCAUUGACAGCUUCAGCAAAGGAAGUGUUUUGGUUGAUUACUUUGUGGAACUGUCAGACAUUCCGAAAGAUAUCAACACAUUAGAGAUUAAACGACUGUUCCAUGAAGCUCUCAUACCAGAUCAACAGAAGAGUGAAACGAGUCACGAUGAUGGAGAAGGUUUGCCACAACCGAUUGUGAAAGAAGCUUUGAAGUUGGGCAACUUUUUAGUCGAUCCAGUGUCGACAGAUUUUAUUGUCAUUCAGAAAGUGGCAACACCUCCAACAGACUUAGAUGACGAAGACAAUUUGUUACCUCAAUGGGCCGUGGCAAUGAUAACCAUUGGUCUCCUAUCACUCAUCUGUGUUGUGCUAUUUGGUGUGACAGUGCUUGUUAACAGAAAGAAGGCAGCUAAGAAGAAACAACCGACACCACUUACAGCUGAUAUGUUGAAUGAACUCAACAAGAACCACAUGGGUGGGCUCGAUAAUUAUGGAGCUGAAGAUUUAUAUAAUCUUGAUGACACCUGGGAUGAGAGGCGGCAAGAUGUGAAGCCUAAAGUCAAGCGUUUUUCAACAUCGGGAAGUAACCCAAACAUUUACGAUAGUUGGCGAUCACAACAUCUACAGCGCUAUCAACCUGACGAAUUUUAUUAUGAUUCGCAUGAUCCAUUCAACGAACUUCAACCAAAGUAUCAAACACAACAAAGAGAUGCUUACAGUGGCUCCAAGCAGCGAUAUUUGGAGCCAAGUUGGCAGGAUAGCGCAUAUCCGCCAUAUCAUGGAAACAGUAGUCACAAUUAUAGUUCUAGGAGGUUAAGAGAUUAUGAUCAACAUUUUUAAAUAAGUUAAGAUUAAGAAACUAAAUCCUUAUUAUGGAUCGCCACAUUCGCUUGUAAAUAAAUUAUUUAAUUAUCUUUAAAGAAAA